GGCCAUUUUGGAAAUCCGCUCCAAGGCGCGGCAUUUCGUGGACAUACCGGAGUGUUGAAGCUCCUACUGGCAAAUGGCGCUCGUAUAGACGCGCAUGGCGGAUUCUUUGGGACUGCGCUGCAGGCCGCCGCCUCACAGAGACAUCUUGAAGCGGUCAAAGUUCUGUUAGAACAAGGUGCGAAUCCCAACAUAGCUCCGUCGGGAUUCUAUGGUAGUGCCCUUGCCGCUGCCACCGCACUGGGCUUUAGAGAUAUCAUACAAGUUCUGGUAGAUUGGGGAGCA